AUGAAUGCAUUUGUUCUCGACGGAUCUGUCGUCUUCCAGAUGUCACCAGCCCAAGGUGUUGUAUGGUUGAAUAUUCUGGAAGUUUUGCCGAGCGGUCAGGCAUCGGCGUACCUGACCGCGAGAGCUUCACUGCACCUACAAUACCUUCCCUACCUCUACCUUACAUAUACACUUCCAACAGCCGAUUUCGCCAACAUCUUAGGUAUCGACUUUGAUAUUACCUGCGGGUCAAACCUGCCAGCGAGAAUAUCUACAGACCCAGGCUUCAGCUCAGCAACUUGGUUCCCAUAUUUGGUCCCAACGGCGCAUACAAGUACAUGGUUUCCUCUCACUCUGCUUCUUUCGCAUCGCCAGUGGAAGGGCUAUAUGGCCCGUGGGACAUGUGCUCUACUUCUUAUCAUGGAAGGCAAGGCAGGACGGGCUACCCCUGCUCUCGUCAACAUCUUUGCAUUUCCAUGUGCUCUUGGUGUUGGACUUCUGGUGUAUUCUUCUUGGGCGGCCGCGCUUGUCCUCUUAGGCUCUGUUUUUUGGAUCCUCGCUGCCUUUAUCUUUGUGAGACAUGUUACCAUACUGCGCGCACGGCAAAGACAUCCCAUCAAACUUCAUAACCUUGCUGUCCAGAAUGGCUUCCAAUCGCGAUGCCUACGGGAUGGUUAUUUCGUGAUUGUACUAGGAUCGGGAGGCCACACGAAGGAGAUGCUGGCCAUGAUGGAGACGAAAUUCCCCCAGGGGGCUGGCCUUCAUCGCAGGUACAUCGUAUCCAGCGGCGACACCAUGUCCAUCAAGCACUUGAACGCCUUCGAGGACAGGAUGCAAUCUGCACAUGGGAAUGGGCAGGCAGGGACUUUCGAUGUCCACAUCGUCACACGCGCCCGCAGAAUCCAUCAGCCCCUCUGGACGACGCCCGUGACAGCACUACGCUCCGUCAUCGAAAUCUUCCCCCUCAUGCUGGAAUCGCCCUUCGAUGGUUCCAGGAGGAGACAGCGGUACCCCGACAUCAUCGUUACGAACGGCCCUGCAACAGGUUUCAUCGUGGCUUUGGUCGCACACCUUCUCAAGAUUUUCCAUGUCGUCCCCGAAGAUGCAAUGCAAAUAUUAUUCGUCGAGUCUUGGGCGCGCAUCAAGACGCUGAGCUUGACUGGGAGGCUCUUCCACCACACCAGCAUCGCCGACAUGUUCUUGGUGCAGCACAGGGAAGUAGCGCAGAAGUAUGGUGUGGAUAAUGCGGGGUGUAUGGUGAUCGGGCAUGUGGCGAGAUGA